AUGGGGCGUUCUGUUGAGCAAAAAAGAAAAUCAAGAAACUUGAGAAAGAAGCGUAAACGGGCUGAACGAUACAAGAGCAAAAGAGAAGAGAAGGUGCAAACGCGAGUUGAGGCAAUAGUUUGCGUGAUACGGAAGGAUUUCGAUCAGCAGAAACGUAUUGCCUCCAAGUAUUACAACAAGUGGAAGCAGUGUAUGCUAGACAUUAAUAAUAAUUUUAAAAAGUCUGAAUCUUCAAAGGUAAACCUGCAUUUCAACUUCAUAGUCAAUUUUAUUUCAAUAAUUUUAAUUGGCCAUUCCAUUUAUUUAUACAUGCACAGUCACCAUUUGAGCUUUGAGCGAUGUUAUUUUAUAGUAUAAUAUGCUUACAAUUCAAACUUAAAAAUAUCAUUCUUUCAAUGUUAAUGUUAACAUAACAUUGUUGAAAUGGUGACUGUGUGCCUUUAAAUCUGCGCACCACCCAUAUAUUGAGAGAUGGCCGGCUGGGAAGGGGGAGGGGUGUGGAUCAGGGGCAUAGGAGCAUCAAAAGAUUGGGGGGGGGGUGUUUUGAGGGGCAUUUUUGGAAUGAAAAGGGCAUGCACCUGAAAAUUUUUUCACGGAAAUGUUAGCAACGGUAGGGGGGGGGGUGGGGAGAGGGAAAAUAAUUGCGAUCAUAUAAAAUGCAAUCUGAACAACAUUUUUCAUGAAGGCAAAGGGCGCUUGCCACCGGAGAGAGGGCACUUUUUCUGUUUUCUGAAAACUCUCCCCCCCCCGGUUCCUACGCUCCUGGUGUGGUUGUUCUCACAGGGUUUCAGUUGGGUUUCAGUGAUAUAUGGGGCGGGAAGAAUAACAUCCUAAAUAGCACACCAAAAAAGUGAAUUGAAAGGCCAAAGUGGUUCUAUAUUUUAAGGGAUUAUGUUUAUGAAGGUAACUGUCAAGGGGGUUCAUAUACUAAAUGGAGCAUAACUAGCAUGUUUACAAAGAUGUAUUUCUCUUUCGCAUAAACACUUCGGUCACAGUACGUAUAUGUAACCUUUACAAAUUAGAUUUCAAUUGACUUUUAAAAUCUAUAUGAGAAUGGUUAACAAUAUUUUUUCCUUUAUAUACUUUUUAAUAGGUUUUGCCAGGACUACAAGUACAACAGCAAAAAUCUCUUCCAAAUAUUGAGCCAGAUGAACUGGAAAAUCCUUCACCAUGUAUUGGCUCUGGAAGCUUUGGGCAGUGUCGUACAUGGUACUAUCCACGGUUUGACAUAAACAUUGUUGAGAAGAUUAUGCCAGAUUCAAAUGAGACCACGGUUUAUAAAAAAGCACUGUAUCAGCAAAUGUUUGCCCAUAGAUGUGUGCCUCAUGUUUUUGGAAUAAACAAUACAAGGAAGCCAUAUUCCUUAUUUAUGGAGUUUGUUGGAAAGGACCUUCAAUCAUUGACAAUACACAAACUGUUGUAUGACAAACAAUCCAUGGAUAUUAUGGGAAGUAUGACAGUGCCAGAUUGGUUCAGAGUCUGUUAUGACAUUGCUAAUGCAUUACAAUACAUCCAUGAAAAGGGAUUCCUCCAUUGUGAUAUCAAAACAAACAAUGUUCUUGUGUCCCAUCACAAAAAUGGGUAUUUAAUUGACUUUGGGAAGGUCAAACAAAUUGCAUAUGCACCAGGAAAGAAAUAUGCAAAGGUUUACAAUUAUAUUGCCCCCGAAGUCCUGAAUAGUCAUCCACCAAGUCCUGCAAGUGAUGUGUAUUCGUUUGGAAUCAUUAUAAAGGCCAUCGGGGAAACCAUUGGAGAUAACACACUGCUUGAACUUGGACAACAGUCAUCAUCUGCAAUUCCUGCACAAAGGCCAAGCAUGAUACGACUUCUGUCAGCCUUAAAUCCAUAUACAUAUACAGGCAACACACUUGAUAAAGGACAGAAAAAAAACUAAGAUUAAUUAACCUAUUUACAGGACAUACCUACCAACGGCAAGUUAAAUUAUCUGGCAUUAGACAGAGUAAAAUAUUAAAGUGGGGUGCAUUUGGGCACAUUUCCAGCUAAUGGGUCAUUAAUUAACACGAGAAAUGGGCAGAUAGUUUUGUUGACACAUUAACUAACUGGCAGGACCAUACUGUACCAUUGACGAGUAAAAUUGUGAGGCGUUAGAGUGUUAGACAGUAAAAUACUAAAGCUGGGCACAUUGCCAGCAAAUGGGUUACACUAAGUAACUUAAAAUUAAUGAAUUAAAAGUUUCAAACUAAUUCAUUAAUGGUUGCAACAUAAUAAAACAAGAAUUUCUAAGUUAACAAGAUUUCACAUUCUAAACACCUCUUGGUAAUCAGGUCAAGUUUGCCAUAAUGAUUACUUACAGUGAGCUAUAUAAGUAUAAACCCAUAACUAUGUGCAGAGCAAGAACUUCUAAGUUGUCAAGAUACAAUGUGUCUUUGGGCAACUGAUUGUCAAGAUAUUCUUGUCUUUCGGCAGUCAGUUCAAGCUUUGCAACAUGGUAAAAAACGCAUAAUUACAGCUAGAAUAAAUUGAGAACCCAUAACCAACAUUUUAAUCUAUGUGCAGAGUAAGAACUUCUAAGUUGUCACGAUACAAUGUGUCUUUCGGCAACUGAGUGUCAAGAUAUUCUUGUCUUUCGGCAUUCAGUUCAAGCUUUGCAACAUGGUAAAAAUGCAUAAUUACAGUACUGGUAAGGUAGCAUAAAUUGAGAACCCAUAACCAACAUUUUAAUCUAUGUGCAGAGUAAGAACUUCUAAGUUGUCAAGAUACAAUGUGUCUUUGGGCAACUGAGUGUCAAGAUAUUCUUGUCUUUCGGCAUUCAGUUCAAGCUUUGCAACAUGGUAAAAAUGCAUAAUUACAGUACUGGUAAGGUAGCAUAAAUUGAGAACCCAUAACCAACAUUUUAAUCUAUGUGCAGAGUAAGAACUUCUAAGUUGUCAAGAUACAAUGUGUCUUUGGGCAACUGAGUGUCAAGAUAUUCUUGUCUUUCGGCAUUCAGUUCAAGCUUUGCAACAUGGUAAAAAUGCAUAAUUACAGUACUGGUAAGGUAGCAUAAAUUGAGAACCCAUAACCAACAUUUUAAUCUAUGUGCAGAGUAAGAACUUCUAAGUUGUCAAGAUACAAUGUGUCUUUGGGCAACUGAGUGUCAAGAUAUUCUUGUCUUUCGGCAUUCAGUUCAAGCUUUGCAACAUGGUAAAAAUGCAUAAUUACAGUACUGGUAAGGUAGCAUAAAUUGAGAACCCAUAACCAACAUUUUAAUCUAUGUGCAGAGUAAGAACUUCUAAGUUGUCAAGAUACAAUGUGUCUUUGGGCAACUGAGUGUCAAGAUAUUCUUGUCUUUCGGCAUUCAGUUCAAGCUUUGCAACAUGGUAAAAAUGCAUAAUUACAGUACUGGUAAGGUAGCAUAAAUUGAGAACCCAUAACCAACAUUUUAAUCUAUGUGCAGAGUAAGAACUUCUAAGUUGUCAAGAUACAAUGUGUCUUUGGGCAACUGAGUGUCAAGAUAUUCUUGUCUUUCGGCAGUCAGUUCAAGCUCUGCAGUACUAUAGUUAAUUCACAUUAAUACAGUAUAUAUAAAUUAAUAAUCAAAAUGUCAACAGUUACUAAAUAAUUGCUUCAUACUGUAUAUUUAAACCUCGAUUUAAACACAACUUUCAGUGUUUUGUAGAAUUAUAAAUGUAAAGAUAUAUUAUUAUUCCCAUCAUGUGCACAUUUGUUUAAAUAAAUAUUUUAAACGUUGUGGGGAUUUUUGUCCCCACUUGUGUCGUUUUGAUGCUUUUUAAAUUUUGGUAGCAAAGGGACUUAAUAUACGCGUAUUAAUUUAAUUUUUAUUGAAAAAUAUUCACAAAUAUAUAUAACAAGUGUUCGAUUUUAGUCUACAGUAUAUGACUACAAUAUAGAAAUAUACCACAAAUGCUUACCUUCUUAUGUAAGUGAAGUUUACCUCUUCAAAAUCUUUAUUCGUAAAGUUAGAUCUCCAGUUAAACAAUAUAAAUUCAAUAAAAGCAGCGUGCCUAACUUUUGUCUCCCUCGAACGUCUGUGAGGGAGACUAUAAAACUUUUCUGCACUCUGCAUGCGUAAAGUUAUGUAACCUGAGAUCAGGCUAUUUUCUAUAGGCCUGAAGCCUGAUUGCAGGUUACUCUCUACACAAGGUCAUAUCAUAGUUCAUCAUGUCAGAUAACAUAUGAAUGAAUAAUAAUAAUAUUUAUUCAGGAAACCAACAUCAUAA